AUGGAAGAGUACAAUGUCACUAAAUAUUUCCUUAAGGACAAGCUCAGUGUGACUGCCUUGACAUGUCAGAAUAAACCACUUAUCUACUACAAAGAUAAAUUAUACCAAGAUAGCAUGCAGCAAAAUUUUAUAAUAUUUUUUCAUAGUCAUUUAUUUUCAAUAGGACACUUGAUGGGAAAAAAGAGUGCUGGACUGAUUCCGUACACUUAUGAAGAGGAAGAGAAGAUACCAUAUUCACCUUCACCUGAUGGCAUGAAGCAUUUGGAAGGAUUUCUGCAACAGGCUGAAAUGCUCAAGAACUUACUAAACCUAAAUCCAGUAAAUGAAAACAAGAAUCUGCAGUGGGUGAAGAAGUCAAUUACAUCAAACGGUGAAUCAUCUGAUGCAAGUUUUAACAAACAUGAAAGAUGACAGUCCAGAUUGCAAUGAAUAUCAACAUUAAUAAAAGAAUAAGCCAGAUUUUAAGGACUCGAUUUUAAUCAAUUUGUGGAAAUAAAACUAAGCAAAAUGUAUGUCUUGAAUUUAAUUGCCUGUAUAAACCACUACAUUAAAAUUCUCAACUAGCAUGUAAGUCUUCAUUCAUUU